UUGAUAGCAUUGAGUGAGAACUAGUUGCCAAGGUGUAUUAGUUGAUUGGCAGGCAGGCAGUGCAACACUGACAUACUGACAUAGACUCCCUUUUGCAGGAAAGCCAUGCAGGAAUGAGAUGCUUUAAUGGCAUGAUGCCAUCCGACAAAGCAUGAAGCAACCAACUCCGCUGAGGAACAGCUCGAUUCUGAAUCCCAAGAAGGAUGGGAAAAAAUGGAAGAAGAGACCAACCCGACCAAUCCCGAAUUCCAGUUUUCAGAAACACUUUCGGAAGGACCGGAAGGAUGCGUCUCAGGCUGGACAUGGUGGGCCUCUCCGAGAUUUGCUCACAUCUUCGUUGCCAGAUCCUGUGCAAUUGGACGCCGUGCAGACCUGUUUGGAGCACGUCCAGAUUUUGGCUCGCCAACUCCUGGGAGAUACCUCUGCGGUGGUGGUACAAGGCUCCUAUGCUCAGGGCUUAGCCCUUCGCGGAUCUGAUUUGGACAUUGCUGUCAUUUUGGCAGAGAACGGCCUUCAGAAUGGAAAGAAAACUGCUACAAAGGCUGGAAAAGGCUCAAGCAGAUCCAAACGCAGAGGUGAAAUUGGAGAGGAUGUGGUGAAUCGCCGGCAGGCACUCCAUUGCUUGCAGCGACUUGCUGAGGCCCUCAGUGAUGCAAAGCUGGACGAAAUCAGAAUCGCUUUGAGGAUUUUCUCUGCCAAAGUGCCGGUCCUCCGCUUGCAUUGUGGGGCAAAAGGUGAAAGGAAUGUUGUUGUGGAUGUGUCUGUGGGUGGCAGUUUGUUGAGAGGUGCCUGUGAUCGCGCUGUGUAUUCGGUGCUGCAGGAGGACCAAUCCUCUGGUACUGCAGCAGCUUUAUGUCGACUGGUAAAGCUGUGGGCAAAGCGUCGGAAACUCACAAACACUUUGAAAGGUGGGCUUAGCAGCUUCGCCUUGGUGUUGCUCACCAUUUUCUUCCUGCAGCAAAGGUCCGGCAAGCAUCAGUGCUCACUGCCUUCGCAACUGUCAGUGACGGGGCCAAGGGCCAAGCCAGCAAAUCCUGAGAACUGCUGCCCGCAACCCUUGGGGCUGGAAGUGGUAGCGUCAGAGAAAGAGCUUGUUCACCUCUUCGCAGAGUUCUUCGAGUGGGCAACUGAAGAACUCCCCAAGUUGCAAAACUGUGCAAUUUCCAUCGGCUCUGCAACUGCGCAGCAACGGACUGGUCGUUUCCAUCCGCUUGUUGUGGAAGUGCCGUUCUCUCCUCAGGAGAACGCAGCUCGAUGUUUGCGCAUCGAUGUUUGGGAAGGUGCCAUUUGCCAAGAGCUGAGUCGAGCCAACCGCAUGGUGAAGCAACUUGGCCUCAAAUCAGGUCGAGCUCGAGCCUCUUUGGUGCGUACCCUUUUUUCAGCAUCUGCGGAUCCAGAAUCUACAGAGGUGUUCCAAGCUCCAGAAUCUGAUGUACCAGUACCAUACGUACCCGAUCCAGGGUCAAUCCCCAGUGCUGAGGAAGAAACCAAGUCUGCCAGGCGCAGCGCCAAACGACGCCGGAAAUUGGAGCGAAGCAAGUUGCGGGGCUCAAAGGCUUCAAAGGAGUCUAACAUCAUGCCAGAAACAGUCGCUCCUGUGGAUCGCUGGUUGGGGUUGCGUUCCUUGUUGGACCCCCGCUAAUGUGAGAAAGGACCCAUGACUUCCUGCGGUUUUGUUUCACCCUGGCAGCUCAGCAUGGCUGGGAAAA